ACCGGUGGGAAGCGUGCAAGCGGAAAGUAAACACACUCGCUUAUUAGAAUAACAACAUGAUUUGUGUUUCUGAGACAAAGAACGAUUGAGCGUGCAAGACAAAGAACGAGUGAGUUGACAUGGAGGAGGAAGUAGCGUCGGUGAGCAAAUGGGUGGGGCUGCGUGACCACAUUGGCCUCUCACCAUGAGGAAGAAAGCCUCGUGGAUGAUGAGGGCGAAGAGGAUGAAGCUCUGGAGCAUAAUGGACACAAAGAUGUACCCGGCCUCCUUGGUCUGUCUCCUGUCAGCACUGGUAAAUGUGUCAGGAGCUCUUACUGCUGAACCUUUCCUGCCAACGCUGACUGGGAGAGGACAGGAAGUCACUGAAGUUCCCAAGCAGCCUGUGAUCGCCUUAAACCAGAGCUCCCUCAACACCACUGAGCCACAAACUACCACCUUAGCAGCUUCCACUGAGGGGACAACAGUGCACCAAGCAAUAGAGAAAGUGACAUCCACACCAGUGACAUCCUCCACAACCACAACCAAAAAAGGGAGCCAUCAACCUCUUGCCUGGGAUCCAGCUUGGGAUAAAGAUUUCACCUACGAUUAUUUGACCUUGCGAAAGGCAGGACUGUCCAUUGCAGCAGUUCUCUUCCUGAUAGGCAUCUUGAUCCUUGGCUGUGGGAAAGUCUGUCGGCUGCCCAAGUGUCGCAAGAUGUCAUCAAAGUCAUACUGAUGGGCGCAAAGAAGAGACAAGAGAUACUGUCAUAAAAAGGCAAUGCUGGGACAUAUGGAAUGAAUGUGUUUAAAAAUGAAAAAUGGAACGGAAUAGGUAAUGUUGGCAAUAAAAUGGCAUUAUUCACAUUUUGGCCAUGUGCAAAGUGCGAACUCUUUUCUAUCAGGAUGUUAAAGUGGAAUCUGGCAAUUUUUUCUUUUUUUUUUUUUAGCAGCAACAUGGCGUCUAAACCUCUUAGUGAUUCUACGCUAAUGAAUAAAGUCCCAGAAUAAACAUGAGUCACUGACUGCUACCUUGGCAUCACCAUGACCACAAACAUGAUGAAAAAGGCAACACACAGUACAUUUUCAAACAGAUUUAAUGGCACAAUCAAUUCUUAACAGCAGUUUUCCAACUGAUUCGAGCUCAAAGCUUCCAAAUCUGCUAUGAAAUGUUUUUUUGUGAGUGUGUGUGUGUGGUCAUCUACUAAUACUACUACAAAAUGUUGGCACACAUGGACUGAUAUACAAGUACAUAUAAACAUGGGCAUGUCCCAAUUGAAACAAAUAUUUUAUAUUAAAAAGGCCAUAAUGCAAAUAUAUUGCUCUGUAAAUUUGUAUAUACAGACAGACAAUUAAAGCUACAAUAGUUGAGAAAGUUAUCAAAAAGAAAACUCCUACAUGCAGAAUAAUGGAGCUUGGCGCCGUGCCUGAGACACCAUGUUGUUGUUGCUCUUUGGAUUUCUGCACAAGCUGCUUUCUUUUGGCAUUCAAAGAUAAGAUGCAUUUAAAUGUUGCAUUGUGGUUACUUGUUUGUCCGGUGUAAAUAUUAAAUGCAAAGUAACUAUGCGCAUGCGGUGAUAUAAAAAGUGAAAUGGUUUGUGUUGCAAUUUGUCCUUUGAAAUGACGACAAACAUCAAAGUUUUGGAUGCACUUUUUCCAUUAAGCAGCAUGAGAACCUGUCUCCAGACUUUUGAAAGGUACUGUGCUGUAUGCUAAACAGCCUUGCAUGCACACUUUUGUAAAAAGUUCAUUUACUGUAAUUAUGAAACUGUUGGCUUACAGUUUUGUUGCAGUAUUGUAUCAUUAUAAUUUGCAUAUAUUUGAUACACAGACUACAGUGUAAGCCAGUUGAAACGACCUACUUCCAUCCAGGUGACUACUGCAAAUGUUCCAAUUAAUGCUUCUAUUCAAUUAACCGUUGUCUUCUAUACUGGAUGUGUGGUUUACAAAAGCAAAUAAGGGUUUCUAAUUAGCUCCAAGUCAAAACAGAUUGGUACUACCGGCUGUGGCUGUAGGUAACCUCCUGAUGCAAUUUGUAUUA